AUGGCCGACUUACUGGAGCUGCUUGCUCCACAGCUAGGGGAUCUCCCUCGAGACUCGACCACAGACAAGUAUCUCAAUCGAUUGUCAACCCUGUCGCUGGACGCUCUUCAGAACACCGAGCCCCCGUCCCUCGCCCAAUCCUCACACUCAACCCUACUCUCCCUCCAGGCUCUAUCAAACCGCUCCCACCGCGCCUUUGUCACAUCUUCGGAUAACCUGUCAACACUAUGUCAGUCGGCGCCUCAGUUAACUCGCGAGGCGCAGCAAUUGCGCGAGGCCAUCCCCAAACUCGACGAGGAGGCCGUCAACUUCUCCACCAAAUACAGUAAGAUCACGGACAAUGCUGCAUUGGAACGGCGGAAGAAGGCCAUGCAGCUGUCUCGUAACGUUGACCGACUGUCCGAUAUCCUGGAACUACCAACCUUGUUAUCGACCGCCGUAUCUGCAGCCUCCGUGAACUCCGGCACCGGAGCCUCCUCAACGACAUACUCCUCCGCGCUCGACCUCCACGCACAUAUAAAGCGACUGCAAACACUAUAUCCCGAGUCCCCUUUGAUUCAAAAUGUAGCGUCUCAGGCAGAGGCUGCGAUGAAAGACAUGACCAGUAAUCUGAUCACGGGACUUCGCGCUCAGAAUCUACGGCUUGCAGCUGGUAUGCGAACCGUGGGCUGGCUGCGCCGCGUAGCCCCGGACCUCGAAUAUGCCGGGACUGGCGAGGGUGCCCUGGGGGCAAUCUUCUUGGUCUGCCGACUAGCCCAUCUAGUGUCCACGCUCGAGGCCCUGGACCCCCUCCGCGAGCUCGCAGACCAAGAAACCCAGAAGAGACUCGGCAAGGAUAAAUCAGACCCGAACGGGCCGUCUGGUGGUCAGCAGACUGACCGCUAUCUGAAAAGAUAUAUUGAAAUCUUCCGUGAGCAGAGCUUUGCGAUUGUCUCGCUAUACAAGAACAUCUUUGGAUCCGAACAAUCCGAGUCCGAGCUUGCUAUCUCAGGCUUACGAGGUGCCGAUGCCAAAUCCAAGCCCAAGCCCGCGGCGUUGGAUGAUCCCAUGCAACGUGUGCCCCCGGCUUUGGCGACCUUUCCGAUGUACCUCGUGCAGUUACUCACGGAUACCAUGCGGGCAUACCUCCCCAAUGUCCGAGAUCGGACUUCGAAAGAGAGCCUUCUCACUCAACUUUUGUACUGCGCAGCUAGUCUCGGCCGUCUUGGUGGUGAUUUCAGCAUGGUCUUGACUGAACUGAGUGAGGAAGACGAUGAGGACAUGGCCCAGGAGUGGGAAGAGGUUAUGCGCAAGCAUCGCGCCCUGGCAGGCCGACUGGAGCAACUGACCAGCCGUGUUCCGGCACAUUAA